UUAUUUCAUGAAAAGAUAUUUCCAAUGCAAAGUUGCAAAGGGGGGUUGGAACAGUGUGGGCACGGGAUUGCCAUGAGGGAAGCCGAUCUCCGAAAAAACGAAUGCGACGUGGAGGCAGGUAGGAGUAGGACAGGAUCAGGAAGAUGUUCCCAAUCCAUCAGGAAUGUUAAUUAGCGGUUAAGAACUCAAAACGAGUUUCCCGCGAACCCCUUAAGGAGGGAGGUGGAGACACAACGUCGACCUCUUUUUCUUCUUAAACAUGAAAAAGGCCUGCAUUAAUCUCUCUCUUACCGAUUUCUUCUCUGCUUCUCCCUUCUCGUGCUGUUUCGAUCCCAAUCUAUCUGGCUGAAUUCUUUCAGAUUGAGAGAAUUCAUUCAGAUAAAAUAAUUUGGGAGCAUUCGCUUGAGAUGGGUUAUUGAAAACAUUUCCUGGGUUCGGUUGUUGGCGAUCUGCAACAUGCUGUGCUGUGGAGGUGCGGAGGAGGAGAACUACGGUCCGCCUGUUAAUCAAUAUACUGCCCCACCUAAAGGAGGGGACUCACAGGGGUUUGCGAGAGGGGAAUCAAGGGGUCCCAGUGCAUCCAGGAGUGGAGCUCCUCAGAAAGUCUUACCCAUUGAAACACCGGCCUUAUCUCUGGAUGAGCUGAAUAGAUUGACUGGUAACUUUGGGUCAAAGGCUUUGAUUGGAGAAGGGUCUUAUGGUAGGGUAUUCCAUGCAACCUUAAGCAAUGGCCAAGCUGCUGCCAUAAAGAAGUUAGAUGCUAGUUCUUCACAAGAGCCAGAUUCUGAUUUUGCAGCUCAGUUAUCCGUUGUUUCAAGACUCAAGAAUGAACAUUUUGUGGAAUUAUUGGGAUACUGUUUGGAGGCAAACAAUCGAAUCUUGGCAUAUCAGUUUGCGACUUUGGGUUCUUUACAUGAUGUUUUACAUGGGAGGAAAGGUGUACAAGGGGCUGAACCUGGUCCAGUUCUCAACUGGAAUCAGAGGGUAAAAAUUGCUUAUGGUGCAGCAAGAGGUCUUGAAUAUCUUCAUGAAAAGGUUCAGCCUUCAAUAGUUCACCGGGAUGUCAGAUCCAGCAAUGUUCUUCUUUUUGAUGAUUUCUUGGCGAAAAUUGCGGAUUUUAACUUGUCUAGUCAGUCUACGGACACAGCAGCUCGUCUCCAUUCAACUCGAGUCUUAGGAACAUUUGGAUACCAUGCUCCAGAGUAUGCCAUGACUGGGCAACUGACUCAGAAAAGUGAUGUGUACAGUUUUGGUGUUGUUCUUCUAGAGCUUUUGACAGGGAGAAAGCCAGUAGAUCAUACUAUGCCAAAAGGACAACAAAGUCUUGUUACUUGGGCAACUCCAAGGUUGAGCGAAGACAAAGUAAAGCAGUGUGUGGAUCCCAAACUGAAUAACGAUUACCCACCAAAGGCUAUUGCUAAGAUGGCAGCAGUUGCAGCACUCUGUGUUCAGUAUGAAGCAGACUUCCGACCAAAUAUGACCAUUGUUGUCAAGGCACUCCAACCACUUCUAAACUCAAAACCAGCGGGACCAGACUCUAACAUGUGAUCUGAAGCAGGAUUUAAAGAAUAUAGAGGAGAGGAGAGGAGAGGAGAGAUGUAGAGACGUUCUGUUUCCGAUCCUUUAAACUUCCGUUGGAGGAAAACAUCAAGCCUGUGCUCCACAUUUCGUUUCUCUCCAAACUCACUCACCGGUCAGAGAAUCUGUCAGCGUUUGCCGUCCGCCGUUGACUUACAGAGAACCGCACCAUAUUACCCGUCAGAAAUGCACGGAAAGCACACCAUUCACUGGCAAAGAGUGCAAUUCUGAGCUGACACUUACGUUGCAUGUACUUUGAACCUAAUAAUUUUGACCCUGUGCUGAACCGUCAUUCUCCCGUAAU